AUGUCUAUGAAAUUACUUUCAGUAUUUUCUAAAGAUAUUAUUAACUUACUUGACAGUUCUGAAGAAUUCAAUGUUGUAAUUUACGUUGGAGGAGAUCAUGAUCAAAAAGUUUUUCAGGCUCACUCGUUAAUUCUUCGUGCAAGGUCCUCUUAUUUUCGUACAGCUCUUUCUAAACAAUGGGCUAGAAAAGAAGCCUUAACAUUACAAGAAUGUAUACAUUUGGUUAGAUUUUUCCAAAUGAGUUCAAGUGAUUUAUAUGAUAAAGUUUGGCCAUUUAGAGCAAUUUUACCUCAUGAUUUGGAAGAUGAUAUUGUUAGGUGUCAUUUAAAACCUGGAAGUAAACCAAUAUUUGGUGUGAAUACGCCAAGAGGAAAUUCAACUUUGGUUGGACAUCAACAAAUUAGGUGUUCAAGAUUUAAUUAUGCUAUCACUCUCAAGGAUGACAAUUACGGUCCUUGUUUUGGUGAUAAAGAUCUUUGGAUGCAAGGUAAUUUUAAUCAUAUAGACAGUUGUAGUUGUAAAGAAGAUGACUACGAAGCUCCGAUUACAAAACAUCGUAAAUUUUAUGUUACCGAAUAUGAAGUUUUUAAAGUUAUCAAAAAAUAA